UGAUUAAGGGUCUACCAGAACACCAUAAUCACUUGGCUCAAUUAACAAAACAAAUGUUUCCCAUUUGUCUUCCAAUUAACCUUAUCUUUCAAAUGUUCUAAACACAUGCAAGACACAAUCAUGAUUAUGGUGACCUACUUGCCAAUUGAGCAUAAAUGAUAUAUUAUUCUUCAACAGGGGUUUAAUUUCCUUCAAAUUAAAGCUUCCCCUGUUCAUGCCUAACAAUGAAAGCCUCCAGGCAGCAACAGUACAACAAGAAGCAGCAGCAGCAGCAGCUAAUUCAGCAGAGAGGAUGCAGGGCUUUGUGUUGCAGUUGCCGGCUUAGCGUGUCUUCGUCGGAGGAAGCCGAGAGCUCGAAUUCUGACCGGUUUGCAUCAGUUUCAAGCCUGGCGCACGCCAUGGUGCAAGAGAGACUGGACCAAAUGAUUAGAGAAAGGCAGGAGGCAAGACAAGUAGUGGUAGAGAGAAGAAGGCAAAAAAGUGGCGAAGUAGCAGGGACUAAGUUCGUUGUAAUGGUAGCCAUGGAAAAGUGUUCUGAUGAUCCAAGAGAGGAUUUUAGAGAGUCCAUGAUUGAGAUGAUUAUGACAAACCGGAUUCAAGAACCAAAAGAUCUUCGUAGCCUCUUGAAUUAUUAUAUUUCAAUGAAUUCUGACGAAUAUCAUGGGAUUAUACUGGAGGUUUUCCAUGAGGUUUGCUCCAAUCUAUUUUUAUUUUGUAAAUGCCAUUGACCAAUAUAUAUGAAAUUUUAGUGUCAAAUUUGAAUCUAGCUA